UUAGAAACCAUGGGACUGACAAGGCAGGCUACAGCUCCAAAAGUGUAUCACCACUGCAGCACCCGACGAGUUCUGACAAUGCAGAGGCUUUAUGGAGUUCCUCUUACUGAUCUAGAGUCUAUAAGUUCGCUGGUUUCUAGUCCAGAGGCUAGUCUCAUAACUGCCCUUAAUGUAUGGUUUGGUAGUUUGCUUGCCUGUGAAUCCUUCCAUGCAGAUGUGCAUGCAGGCAAUUUGUGGUUGUUACGUGAUGGCCGUAUUGGGUUUCUUGAUUUUGGAAUUGUUGGGCGUAUAUCCCCAAAAACAUGGGCUGCUAUGGAAGUAUUUUUGGCAUCUAUUUCAACUGAAGAGUAUGAGUCAAUGGCAUCUGCCUUGAUUGAAAUGGGGGCUACAAACACGGAUAUUGAUUCUAGGGCAUUUGCAAGAGACUUGGAAAAGAUAUUUUCAUCAAUUCAGGAUUUGGAUACAGAAAUAGUUGUAGCAACAGCCAGGGGGACAACAACAGGGGAAACUGCUGUCUCUGCUAAUCUAGUUGUUGAUGAGAGGCAAAUGAAUGCACUCUUUCUUGAUGUGGUUCGGGUUAGUGAAUCAUAUGGAUUGAGAUUUCCUCGUGAAUUUGCACUUCUCAUGAAGCAGCUUCUGUAUUUUGACCGGUACACCCGGUUGUUGGCUCCCAACUUGAAUAUGCUUCAAGACCAGAGGAUCUCCAUUGUUUCGAAUCGAAGAAGCAAAUAUGGAGACAGUUUCAAGUGAAUCACCCUUAUAUAGAUAUACAUCCUCCUAGGUCAAAGGCUUUAUUUUUGUUUUUACUUUUGUAGAUAUGGCUAGCAGUACAGAGUUGGAAUUAUACACACCCGAUAGAAAUACUAAGAAGGAAAAUAUUUGCACUCGCAAUGAUUUGUUAUUUCUGCUGUAUGAGCAUUAAUUUGUUCCUCUCUCUCUCUC